AUGGACCCCCUCAUCACCGAGUUCGCCUCGGGCGCUACUUCGAAGCUUCACCAGCUCAAUGCUAGCCAGCAGCCGCCGUCACAUGCCGAACCCCCCGAUUCCUCUGCUUCCAACUCGGCAUCAAACUUUAUUCUGCCAUUGCGAGAAUCAAAACUUGCCGAGGCCGAUGCCGUCAAACCGGUCGAGCAGAAGCGGGACAAGGGCCGUUUCUUUGGCAUACGGCACAAGGUCUCUCUGCUGCAUUCAAAAUCGAGCCACUACGAGCCGGAGCUGGUGCAUGCCUCGCAAACGCGGGCAUCGACCGAGUCGACUCGGAAAAGCAUUCCAUUUGAUCAGUUGUUCCUGGCGCUGCCAAACGAACUGCAGGUCCAGGUUCUAUCUUCUCUUCCUCUGACCGACAUUCUCACCCUACGACUGACUUCCAAGUCGUGGCAUACCCUCAUCACCCUCAACGAAUCGCCCAUUGUACGAUACCACCUCGAUCACCACAUCCCCGCCUACGCCCUCCGCCUUUAUCCCAUCACCAACUCUAGCGACAUGACAUUUCAUUUUCUCUGCAGCAUAUGGCAUCGGCUACACGUUGCUGCCAAACUAGCCUUCUUAAUGUGCGAAUGGAUCACCAAAGAGAUAUUCUUGCGCCAAUCCGAGGCCCAACGCGCCGCCUUUGCACCACAGCACGAACGUAUGCGCCGGCGUCUCAUUCCACUGCUCUUCACCAUCUUCCACUUCUUCGAGACGUACCGAAAGCUUCAUUUGAAGCACAUGGCAGAGUUCGAUGGGCAUGGCCUUCACAGAAUGCCCUAUACCGUGAAUCCAAUCGAGAAGGAAAUCAUGGACAUGUACGAUGACCAAACGUUACUGAGAGUUCACGAAGUUUUCCCUCUGCGACCAUCCGAUGAGGUGCACUCGGCCAUUUUGUGCCUUGGAGGUCUUCGUCAAGUAGAGCGGCUAUGGGAGAUUAAGGGCUACAACAGCCGGCGCACAGCAGUCGACACCUGGUACAAUGGACUCACCAAGGAGCAUACCGCCGAAGCGUCGACGAAGCUGCGCAUGGGCUUGAAGGGCUUUGGUCGUAAGAAGUCGGCGGGCGCCGAGAGACCUGGAGCUCGGUCGUCGAACGGCGAAGGCGGAUUCAGAGUCAAGAACCCUAUGGAGUCGGACGCGGCCCACGCAGAUGGUUUACUCGACUCGAGCUGGAUCUUCAGCACCAGCUUGGCAGCUGAUCGGCCCAUGGGUCAACUACCCAAGGAUCACGCCCAAAGCAUACUCAACGAUCUUCCUGUUUUGCAGCAGAUUUGGCUGACCACGGCCGAGGCAAUGAUCCUCGACCGCGCAAUACUGCAACGGACACAAGACAUCAAGCGAAACCAACAGGUCAUGCUCGAUCUGAUUCGCGAGGACGGCAUGGACGAGGAGGAUGAAUGGUGGUACGGACGCAGCAUUCACGAAUCCAUCCGUCCACCGCCCGGUGCUACGGACGAUGACGCCGACUGA